AUGGCCAUCUUUCCUGGUGGCAAAAGCACCCGCAUCAACUCGCCUCGACAUCUCACCCUGAGGCACUCGAGACGAAUCAUCGCCGCCUACCAGCACGAGAGGCGUCGUCUCGCCGGCAUCUCUACGCUUGAAGAAGAAGAAACGGACCCCCUCCCCCCCGGAGAGCAAAAGCUGAGCUCGUAUUGGGCGCCCGGGCUCGAGGCUGGCCCGAAGCACAACAUCCGCGUUACGCAGACGAUUGACGCAAAAAAUGGCGAUGAAACGCUCCAGCUCGAGGCCGAGCAGGACUUCUUCGUUGACGCACCGCAGUUCUCGCUCCCCGCCGGUAGCGUCCACUCGACGUACCCGCCCGCGGGAUACAGCGACGACCAUCGUAUCCUGCCGCACGUCGUCCUCACCGACCCUCAUCUGCCAUGGGAGCGGCUUGGCAGCCCAAGCGACGGGACCAACAAGGAGUUGAGGAUGCGGAUGAAGACUUUGGCCGCCGGCAAAGGGGGCGAGCCGGUACGAAACCGUGUGCCGUGGCUCAUCAUGAUGUCCUUUUCGCAGGACGAACUACGCCUGACGCCCCAAGACUUGGCGUCCGAUGGCAUCUUCCGCAACACGAGCCCGGGCGUCGUCAAACCCGUCAAGCAGUCGUCAACCAUGACGGUCAACAUGAGCAUAGAAGACUUGUGGAAGCUGACAAGUGACGUGGCGACGCCUGUGACGAGUGACCUCGGUCCCGAGAGUAUGAAGAACAGUCGCGGGGACUUUGUGUUUGUCGAAACGGACCUCUUCCAGAGCUUCUUUUCCACCUUUGACACCAAGGGUAACCGGAUUCCUGGAACCUCUCCAAACACGCGGCAGUAUCAGUACAUGUCGCACGUGCGCAAGAUCAACGGUUCCGGCAUGGCCCUCGCUGGCGUCGAGGACACGGCCGUCUUCGCCAUCGUCGUCGGUACUCGGUCGGGGCCGCUGGAUAAUGUCAUGCCGACGACAAUGUGCGCCCAUCUCGUCUCGAUCGAGGGGGUUGAGAGGAUGGCGUGGCCGAGCAAAAGCCACCGUUACGUUGCCCUCUGCUCGCUGCACAGCUGGAAUUAUACGGUUCUGCCCCCCAAGACCAUCAACGUGCCCGACGCCUUCGAGCACUUGGGCCGCACGCUCGACGUCCUACGCGUCCCCGACAGCAUGAUCGAGCCGCUCCGCAACUCGGAUGAUGCGGUGAAGAAGCUCGUGGGGCGCCGCCUCGAUGACGGCUACACGCUCGUCAAGUACCACACCCAGACCGGCGAGCUCACCGUCGCACUCUACCGCUCUCCCUUGACGCCCUCGUACGUGAAGCCGCUGGAGAACCUCAAGACGAGCUCCAACUCGGGCGUCGACCUUCAGAUCCUCGACAAGCAGCUCGGCAUCAUGGACGUGACGUACUCGGUGGCCUGGCAGGUCGGCCGCACCAUGGCUCUCGGCGACGAAGCUUUCGCCGCCGCCCUCGUCCGGCUGCGGAGCUCGAUUCACCUCGCCGCCACCGAGGCAGCCAAACUGCAGACGCUCAAAGACAUUGACGACUCGGCCUUCCGAACCAAGUCGGAUGUCUUGGGCGGACUCGGUGGCCUCGUCAAGAACCUUGCCUCCAUUCACCUCGGUCCCCGGAACGACCUGCCCGAGGAGCCUGGCCAGCCGAGACGGCCACCCCUUUACGCGCCUGGAGGUGCCAGAAGGCGCUGGUUCCGCUCGCGGCUUCGCCGUGCUGCGCUGCCAAAACUGUCCUUUUCCUCCCCUCUGAUUCGUGACAAGUAUCCGUCGGCGGCGCUCAAGGUCGCCCGGGGGCUCGCAGGCAGCACGACAGGGGGCGUCUACGACGAAACCAACGAUCCGCAAUCGACCGACUGGAUGAUCGUUCUGUCCUGGCUCCUCGACCGCAUGUUUCUCGCCGGCGUACCGGCGCAUUUCCUCAUCGCAGAUCCGAAUCAUCUCGUGCCCGAGAGUCUUCGCUUCUUCUGCAUCGACCGGAACUGGAUCGACGCCCUGGUCGAUGGUGCCCUCUCGCUGGGCAAUCACUUUGGCGAUGACGAGGACCGCGUUGCCAUCAAGAAGAUCCUCAACGACUACAUCGGCCAUACGCCCGACGGACAGGAUCACCCGGUGCAGAUCCCGUCGUACGGGUUUUACCUGCGCUCCGACCUCGUCACCAUGUUCCCGGACUUGCGCGUCGAGGUGCUGCCCGACAACGCCGCGCUCGGGCGCGCCGGCCAAGAGCCACCGUCAGGCGCGCCGCUGCUACGACACGAGAUCGUCACAGACGGCAUCAUGAUGGCGUUCAUGGACCGCCUGCCCGGGUCGGCUCAGUUUGCAAGCCUCGUCCUCACCCAGCCGGCCCAUCAGCAGCGCUUCGCCGUCGCCCGCGGGCUCGACCUGACACAGGUCAAGGUCGACAUACGGCGGCAGUACACAGUCGAGCAGAGCAUUCGGGAGACGGACAGUCAGCGGCAUGUUCGUCUCGACCAGGUCACAUACACACCUACAGGCGCGGCCUCGGAGGACAACAUCUUCAUCUGGGGCUCCCAGCCUGACAAAGGCCUCGGCGACCUGCGCAUCUUGCGUCUGCCUCGCUUCGCCGACGUGCAGCUGAACGUCCUGCGGGAGAAGAUGCCCACGUACACCGACGGCACCACCGAGAAGCCCUAUUUCGACGAUACGGUGUCAACGUCGGCCCUGUUUGCCAUGCAGCUGAACGACCCCAUCUACAACCUCGUCAUCGACCUCCAGGGUCACCCGAGCAGAAAUAUAGACGGUCUAGGACCCGGCAGUGCAGGCGGAUCCGAAACGCGAACGCUGAGGCUGCUGGGAGCAGCUCGCGUGGAAAAGCUCGCGUUUGGGGGUCAUGAGAGUGCCACUGUUCCCCACGAGCCGGACGACGAAGAUGGCAGCCAAGCGACUUUCCGGCGGCUCGAGAGCUAUAUUGCCUCGCCGACGGCUCUUUCGAGGAACCUGGCCCCUCAUGUCCGAGCCCUCCCUACUGACUCGAGAGGAUUCGACUCGGCCGUCUCGAGCGUUGCAUCGGCCUCGGCCACCAAGACUUUGCAGCUACCGAGCCCCAGCGUUGGGCCGGCAUCGUCGCCCAAGUACCUCGUCCGCAUCGGCAGCAACAGAAUCAACGAUUGGGACACCAUCACCGUGGAGAAAGAAAACUUGGCCCAGGACCUCGUCUUCUCCGUCGUGCUUAAGCAGAGCGAGGUAAGUCAGUAUCGUCUCAUUGAGCUCGAUAUCCAGCUCGAGCUUGGACCUCUCACGGGCUCGGGAGCGGACAACCAUUGUCUGCUGCAGAGCUACACGGGUCCCGGGGCGCACAUGUUGACGAACCUACGCUUCAACGUGCUCCCCUCGCUGGCAGAGGUCAACAACAAGAACUAUCUACGCCUGCGUCUGCUCCCGCGUGCCGCCAAGGGCUGGUGCAACGCCACGGCCGUGAACGAGCUGAGUUUUCUGCUCGCUCUCACCAGCAUCAACCUGCCGAUCCGGGAACGGGACGAUUUCACGGUCCAGUCCUGGGCUGAUUACUGUAGGGAUCCAAGCCUGUCCCUGGAUCCGAGCAACAUCUUUCGCAUCCUGAACGAGGACACCAAGGUGACAACGGUUCGUAAAUACUAG